UUGAAGCUCAAAUGCCUCAAGAACUGGUCAAAAAAUUCAUUGCUACAUAUGAGUCUAGUACAACUCCGUCUACUGAAAUUUUAUUAUACAGCAUUUGGAAAAAUUUCAAGGAUUUAAUAAUUUCAAAUCCAAUAGAAGAUCAAUCUAUAAUCGAAGAAAUUAACCAGACGUCGUUAGAAAAUUCAGUUGUGUCGCCACAGGAUGACUAUGAAAUCCAAUUUGAUGGUUCACUGAAUGUGAUUGACGAACAAGAUUUAUUAGAUCAGUACUCUAUAAUCCCUAGUUCGUCAAUUAAUGACAGCAACUUGGAGGACAAUAUGAUUAUUAGCAGUUCGUUGAUCGAAUCAUCUACUGGAUUAGAACCAAUAAUUAAUCGUCAUAAUUAUAACAAUAGCAAUGACAGUAUGGCGUUAGUCACCGAUUUUGAUAUGAGUAUUGAUGAUAGUAACUUAUCAAAAAACAAUACUUCUCAUAAUAAUACCGAAAAUAUUAAUGUCAGUUGAUACAUGGUCUUAUGACGAAACAAACAAUAAUAAUUUGUUAAGUAAAAGUUUACAAGUUGAUGUGAGUGAUAAAUGGGAUAAACAUUUACAUUAUCCUAAAAUUGAUAAUAAAUCAAAAAACAAAUCUAAUAAAACAGAUCAAGUCUACGCCAUAUCAUCACACAAGUUUGAAGAAUUUGAAAGGAAAAAAUUAGAACUCGGAAUUAGGGAAAAGGAAAUAAAAUUACAACGGCAAGCCGAACGUGAUAUUAAGAAGGUUGAAAAAGAGAAAGCUCGUAUUGAGAGAGAAAAAAAAGAAGAGCGGUUAUUAAAAAAUAAGAUUUUAGAAGAUGAAAGAUUGAAAAAGCGUGAACAAAGGGAAGAAGAACAACGUAAAAAACAAAAGGAAAAUGCAAAACCAAAAACUAGAAAGGAAUUAGAAAAUUUCACUGCACCUAACAAGAAACGAGGUGCGUUACCAAAAAAACGUUGCCAAAGACCUGUGAUUGAUUCAGAUAGUGACUAACGUGUUAAUUUUUGUUAAGAUUAUUUAUAAUUUAAAGAUAAAAAUUCAAAGAAUUAAAAAAAAAUGCUAUUCUAAAUAAAAAAUAAUUAUAACUUGUAAGUCGCAUAAAUGUGAUACUACUGUUCAAUAUUUGGAACAUGACUGGUCAAUAUUAAGUGUUAAGUGUUCAAUAUAAGGAGCAAUCGGCUGUAACUUCUUUUAUUAUAAUUUUAAGUUAAUUAUUAAAUACUACAGUAAAAAAAGCAUU